AGAAUUGAUCGUGGAGAUAAUCCAAGCGUCUCAUGCUGCCCCGCCGAUAUUUUAUUCCUAUUUUACUAUUUUUCUCACCGUUUCUGCAUUUUUUUUCUUAAAAACCUCGUGACCUGAACACGCUAGGACAGGAUCAAACCUGUUCUGGAGCGCGUUUAUUUUCCGGCGAUUAUUUAUUACUUAGAAAUAUUUUCAACUGCUUUAUAUUAUUUGUCUUCCGAAUAAAUAAUCAUUUAAGAAUCUUGAAUUAGCUAACACCCGCUUAGCGGAAAUUUUAAUCCGGUAUUCUCAACCGAUUCAUCCUUCACGCUAUAUAACUUUUAUAAAAACGAAUUUCCGUUCAAUCUUUUAAACGUUUUAAAUCGCUUCGCGCGUGGGAAAAAUUUAGUCGGAUCAGGAAGUUUCCAAUUUUACAAUUACGCACGCAAGUGAAUUUUCCGGGGAUGACGCGAACAAAACUAUAUAAACGAAACGCUGCAACGGCAUUCUACGGAGACAAAUUCAUUGCAGUUUCGCUGUUCGACUGAACGGCUUCGUGAACGCGUGGUGUUCUUCAGAGUUUUCGGCAAAGUUGAUGCUGUUCAUCCGCGCCAUAUUACAAUAUUACGGUGAAGUGAGAAGACAUGGCUGAGCAGCAGUCUGGUAAUAAACCCUCGAAAUGGCCGUACACUCACGAUGUUCCUGAUAAGGAACACGGCAUCGAGGGAAAAACGAGCGAAAUCACAUGCUGCUAACGACAUCAUACGGACUCAACAAUUCACAUACGAAGAGAAUACACGUGGGGCUGCAGACAACGAGUGACGGAGUCUUCGUUCCAGUAGUCAAAUUAAACGGCAAUUACGCGGAGGGAAUUCAUUUCGAUGCGGAGUCAUGGCUACGAUUUCAAAAGAGCAUGAAGCUCAUGAAGGAAUAUUUAGGCUCUCAUAACAGAUCUAGGCCCGACCCUAUCAGCAUCGAUAAUAUUUCCACCAGUUUUACCACGAGCUACGGAGCCCGGUCCAUACUAGUGGCGUACAAAGAAAACGAAGCUCAUACCACGGGGAAUACCCAUGCUGAGGAGGAGACUGCUUUAACGCCUGCGUCAAAGAAACGAAAACCCUAUGGUAUAUGUAUAGUGAUGCAACAAACUACUUUUAUCGGUCUGGAAAAUAUUGUAAAAUGUAUCGAUGCGCAGUUAAAACGUUUGCAAUCCUUGGCAAAAAGCGUCAACGAAUGCGCUCGAUAUCUAAUCAAGGAGAUUGAAUUAAAUCUCCCCUCGGGUUACAUAGAUCGUGACAUUGUAAAACUAACGCUAAAGCCUCGUCUACAAUGGUCGUAGCAGCAAGGUUGUAAAUGGUUGUAAGACCGUAAGACGUGAUGAUAAAUGUAUUUUUGGUGCAGUAGGUUGUAAGUAAGGUUGUAAGUAAGACAAUUCAUUUCAAGCUCGCUACAGAGACUGUAGAAAUAGAGCUGUAAGACUGCAAAAACGAGAAACCCUAUAUACAGAGUCUCUAGCAAACACGCAUUUGUAAUCUAACCUAAAAUGUAUUUCCGGUGAAGUAGGUUGUAAUAAGGUUGUAUAGUGAAAUGAAUAUUUUUCAUUUCUUGCGUUCUACAUCUUACAUCAGACCAAUCGGAACAAAGCAAUAUAAGUACGAACUCAGUCACAAG